CCUCGGAGUGUCUUGUUGUUGUCAAUUUGAGUUAAAAUGUUUUCCAUUUCUUGUUUCUUUUCAGUUUUGAUGUAUAGGUUUAUAAAGUUAUUCUCAAUGUUGAGUCUAAUUAUCUAUGUAUUGUGUUGUAGAUUGGGGCAAUCAACUGGGGAAUGCUAUGCAUUUGAGAUACAUGAUGGCUCCCGUUUGAAACAAUAAAUUUCCAAAAUAUCGGUAUUGAUUGAAUGGGUUUUAACCUUCUGACUUGCAAUCUUUUGAAACUUCCACUAAACGUUUUUCCAUUUAAAUCAAAUUAUUAGAAUCACUUUAUCCGGAUAGUUGUUCCUGCAGUUGAUAUGCCAAAUAAAGAUUUAUUAUUGAUCCUUUGGGGUUUGUGUUCUCAUUUUCAAAAUUUAAUGACUGCUAAAGAUUUUUUUCUUUUUAAAUGUUUUGUUAGGAAUACUUGUUGAGGAUUUAAAUGUAUUUAUUGUAGUUCUUUGGAAGAAGCAAGAAGUGGAAGACUUUAGAUCUCUAUAUAUUUUGGAUGAUUGGUAAUUGCAUUGACUAUGAGAUACCACAUAAGUUACUGUUGAUAUACAUCAGAAAAAAGUGAUUAUAUAUCCAAUCGAGUGAUUUUCAUUGCAUAAUGUGAGCUUUAACUGCUCAUAUGAGCUUUUGUAGGUAAAUAGUGCGACAUUUUGAGUAUUGUAUCUCAUAAAUUGAUGAGAGCUGUAGGGGAUUGAUGGUAGUGAUACAACCACAACACAUGAUAGCGAGAGAUCAGUGCACAAUUUGCUUUGGUGGGAACUACAAACUGGGAUGUUUUGCUUCAUUUAUAGUUGAUGUGCCAUUUUAUCCUAUUAACGUCUGCUGGAACUUCCUUUUUGGAAUCAUUUUCUUGCACUCUCAUGUCUCUUAGAUAUAUUUAAGUGACAGAACUCUAAUCCUUGUUCUUCCAUGUUGAUCUUUUUUUCCUAAUUAGUUCAGAUAGAUGGGCAAUAAGGAAGACGAGGAGUUCUAUCGCAAGAUCCAAAUCCUCUCAAGGAAAGAGCUUCAAGGUUUGUGCAGGAUUUAUGGUCUGCCUUCAGAUACUUCAGUUGAUGAUUUGGUGAAAUUGAUGCUCUCUUCCUUAGAGAGAAAAAGUGUGAGCUCGAUAUCCUCUGGGGAUAAAUCAAGUGGGACUAAAGAGCUCCCCCUUCCUGCAUCUUCAACACCACAACUACAACGUGGAACACAGUUAAAAUCUAGGGUGGAAGCUGGAAAAGUUAGCUGUGGGAUUAUCGUCUCUCAUCCAAGAGAGGAGGAUAACAAUGAGAAGUAUUCCCAAACUGGAUGCAAAGAACUGGGGAUUUGCAUGGUGGCUGAGACUUGUACUAAGGCAUCAGGUAAGGAAAUUUCUGAAGGCUUUGGUUCUUCAAGAAAUACUCUCCAAGAGACAUCCCAUUCACAAAUUGUUACCCUACGUGAUGAGAGUGGUUUUAACUCUAAAAAGGAUUCCCCAAAAAUGAGGUCUGGUAAGAAUUGUUUUGAUCACGCAAGAGAGGGUGGGGCAGGUGAUUUCCCCCCAAUUCAACAUAGAGACAUAAAUAUUGGUGCAUCUUCUGGAGAAAGUGCCUCUGCUUCCUCUACAAAAGCUCCAUCCUCUUUGUUUGAGUAUCAUGUCAGGUCAGAUGAGGGGAUUAAUCUUUAUGUUGACUUGAAUUCAGGCUCAUCAUAUUGGACUGACAGGUUGAAGAAUGAGGUGUAUGUUUGUCGACAUGAGAGUAAUCAAAGGUUUCAAGGUAUUCAUCAGGAUCUUGGGCAGAGACUAGUUGCUAGUGCUAGACAUGACAAAAAUUUGUCUCUCUGGAAUAAACUUUCAGGCUGUGGAGCAAAUGAUGGCCAUGUAGAAACUGGAUCUUUGCCAAGUUCAAAUUUGAGAGAAAAUGGUCUCAUGGAGGAUACUCCAGAUGUUGAUGAUGGGUCAUUUAGGUCUGGUGAGGUACAAGCAUGUAGCAUUGCUGUAGAAACAUUGGGGAGUCCGAAGGAAGAUCAAGCAAUUCUGUUAUCAUCAAGACCUAGUUCUGAUAUACAGAACCAUAUGAUUUCUGGUACUAAAACCUGUUCCGAAGAUGGGGAAACAACAACUCUUAAUUCAAGCGUUUGUUCUUUUUCCAAGAACACUUCCAAUUUUGUGAAUCCUAGUGUGGCAAGUGGUUCUGUGGAGAUGCGGUUAUCUGAAGAUGUAAAUCACUGCACAAGGGCCUCAUUUUCUCCUUGUGGAAAUGGUGGAGUCCUGCAUUUGGUCAAUCCAAUGCACAAGGCGGAAAUCGAACAUGGUGGACUUGCCAACUCCAAUGUGCCUAAUCAGGAAACUUGCAGGAAACAUCUGGCUUCAGGGGCUGAAGAACGGGAAGGUGGGACCAAUCUUGCCAAAGGAACAAACAGUAUAGAAACAUUGCAAUUUGGCAAUUCUUUGGACAAGACUUGUUUGAAGUCUGAUAGUUCAGAUUCAAUUGAAGGACUUCACAGAAAGAGGAAACAUAAUGAUGGUGAAUUUCAUAGCAGCACAGAGCAUCUCUCUGGAGAGGUCCUUCCCAGACGAUCCACACGGCUAGUCUCCAAGUGAGAUCCGCAAGCGUGUGUAGGCCACAGAAGGAUUCCUUGCCUUCACCUACACUCCAUUGUUUCACUUCUGGGAUACAGUUUAUGGUUACUACAUUCAUUGGGGAAUAUUAAACACAGAAAUAAUAAAUCCACAAGAUAGUUCUUAGAGGUGCAUGCUGUCUUAUAAAUUUUCUGGUUAUCAUUCAGAACUUAAUGUUGUUUUCUGUUGGUUGUUUGUGAGUUAAUGUAUUGUAUUCUCACAUUUGUCUACUCUGGAAAAAACAUUUUGUGGCAAAAAGUUGGGAAAUGUUAGAAACAGAUAGUUACUGUGGCUCUACCGAA